AUGUCAGGCGGCACCAAACGCUGCCGCCAGCCCGCCGGCACGCGCCUCCCGCGAGACGUGAUUGCCAGCAUCCUCGUCCGCCUCCCCGCGAUCGAACUCCGCCGCCACUGCCGCGUCUGCAAGGAGUGGCGCGAUGUCAUCUCCGAUCCAGCGUUCAUCAAAGCGCACAUGGUCCAAGGACCGCGGGCCCCGACCCACACCGUCGUGUUCGUGCCCUCCUCCAGUCGCUGCGGCGGCCGUGGGUGCCUCUUCGACGAGCACUGGCGGCUCACUGCCAGGUUCACCGUCGGCGAUUCGGAGGUCCUGAUAGGGACGUGCAACGGCCUGCUUUGCUUCCACGACCAACUCAAAGGCGUCAUGAAGGUCGUGGAACCAUUCACCGGUGAGUCGUUGGCGGUGCCGGUGCCGACAGAUUCGUCACGCUGGCGCGUCGCCCGUUCCUACUGCUUCGGCUUCGACGCCACAAGGAGGCAAUUCAAGAUCGUUCACAGAGGCAAGCCCUGUGGCCAGCCCUAUAUUCCGGGCGUGCGACAUGGUCAAUUGCAGGUGUUUACGUUCGGAGCAGACACGGAGUGUAGGACUCUGAGGAGCAUUGCGUCAUGUAGCUCCAACUCCAGCGACGAGCUGCCUUGCAACGGCGGAGCCAUGUACUGGAGUUACACGGACAAAGUGGGUCUGAUCCCGAAGUACGCGCGCUUGGACCUGGCGACGGAGGAGAUCACGUCGGUCGAGUGCCGGCUGGUCGACAGACGGCCGGUCUUCUGCCAUCAUCCCUGGUGGCAGCGCCGUGAGCCAUGCAUCAUCGGAAUAAGGCGGUUGGUCGGAGAGUCAGAUGGCGGCUACUGGCCAAGUAAUAUGGACGCCAUGGCGCUUGACGUCGACGCCGUGAGCCUGCCGCAGGGGCGGCGCCUCCCGGGGCCCCAGGCCCUGCAACGGGGACACCUGCUGCUACAGGAGGAGAACGGGGAUCUGUACGCUCACAGGAUCGUCAGCAAAAGCGUUCACGGACUUGAACUUUUGUGCGAGAAACUGCUGAGCGGGAUUGGCGUGGAGGAGGAGCCGGCCGCUAAGAGGUCGCCGACCGGCCAGUUCGUUCCGGCUCAGGGUAGCAGACCGUCGUGGACACAGCAGGAUAUAAUAAGCACGUUCUCCUACGUCCCCACAGUAUCUCCUGCUCCCUUGGCACUGUAUUUAGGCACAGCCAUGAUCACUGCACUUGGUGCUUUGCACGUUCCACCUACAGCUGAGAAGUUGCACAAUCUUAAACACGAAUGA